ACGAACAAGUUGAAUAGAGGAGGAGACGGAGAAGCAGCACUGAAAAAGACGAGACGAAAAUGGCAGGCGGAAGCGGCGGUGGAAGAGGAGGAGGAGGAGCAUCGGCGGAUCUUCACUCCGCGGCACGAUCCGGUGAUUUAUCGGCAGUUCAGUCUAUAAUCAGCUCUAAUCCCUUGGCUGUUAAUUCUAGGGAUAAGCAUUCUCGGACUCCACUACACUUAGCUGCAUGGGCAGGCCACAAUGAGGUCGUGAGCUACUUAUGCAAGAACAAAGCUGAUGUUGGUGCUGCAGCGGUAGAUGACAUGGGUGCAAUUCACUUUGCUUCUCAAAAGGGGCAUUUGGAAGUUGUGAGAACUCUAUUAUCCGCUGGGGUUUCUCUGAAAUCUAUCACUCGCAAGGGACUUACACCUCUUCACUAUGCUGCUCAAGGUUCUCACAUUGAACUCGUCAAGUACUUGGUUAAGAAAGGAGCAAAUGUUAGAGCUACGACCAAGGCCGGGAAGGAUCCAGCAGAUAUUGCGGGAAAUGCAGAAACCCAGAACUUCCUUGAAGAAUGUGAAGAACAAGAAAAGAAAGCGAAGACAGACGAUGAGAAAAAGACAGAAGAAGUGAAACCUGAGAGUUGUAGUAAUGAAGGAGACAACAAGGAUCUGAAAAGAAAAGAUUCCGAGGAUGGAAACGAGGAAGGGAAAGAAGAAGCUUCUCAGAUAGCUAAAAAGCCAAAAGUUGUUCUUCCUCAUCUUCAGGACACUGAUGACACAGAAGCUGAUCAAGAGGAAGAAACUGAGGAACCAAAUAAUGUAAUUUCUUCUAAACCAUCAGAAGUAUCUACUUAACCAAAGUUGUAAGAUCGAUCGUAUGAGAUAAGUCAGAUUUCUCCAAGACAUUUGUUUGUUCGGAAAAGUCUAUUAAAGAACCCAGUUUGCUUUUAGAA